AUGGCCAACAAAAUGAAGGUCGCCUUUUUAUUUCUCCUCGUGGGUCUAAUACACGCUUUACCCAAUGAAGACAUGCUCGAUUUCGAAAUGUUGGAAUACAGCACCAACAUUGACGAUCCACAGUACAGACUCCUGGAUAAUGUGCAACCCAUCUACAUGUAUGUGGACCUAGAUGUAUACUUGCCAGAGUCUAGAUUCAAUGGCGUUGUACAAGUGACCGUACAGGUACGUGAAACACUCCAGCAAAUCGUAAUGCACCAAAAUGUAGUUUCUAUUACUGCAGUGAAUGUCGUGGAUGUAAACAACCAACCGGUCAACCUUCAGUUUCCGAAUUCAUUCGAAACUGAUAGUUAUUACCAACUGCUAAAAAUUAACUUCGCAUCCAAUAUUACAUCUGGUCAAUAUAAUAUUACAAUUAAUUAUGUUGGUCAAAUUAAUGAGAAUCCCUAUGACCGUGGUUUCUAUAAAGGAUAUUACUUUGUCGGAAAUGAAACUCGGGAAUAUGCAACGACACAGUUUCAAGCAUAUCAUGCCAGGAAGGCUUUCCCAUGCUUCGACGAGCCACAGUUUAAAUGUCCAUUUGUUAUUUCUAUAACUCGCGAUGCUAAUCUUUCGCCUUCAUAUUCUAAUAUGGCUAUUAAUUCCACCGAAACGGUAUCUCCAGGCCGUAUUCGUGAAACAUUCUUUCCAACUCCCGUAAUUUCUUCUUAUUUGGUUGCUUUCCACGUCAGCGAUUUUGUUGAAACUGAUACUUAUUCUACAUCCGCGGAACCUUUGCGAAUCAUCUCUCGCCCAGGUCCAACUAAUCAACAUGGUUAUGCUACUACAAUGAGUUUUAUGAUUACAUAUGCGCUUAGCAGCUAUUUUGGUAUUUACUACUAUGAUAUGGGUCAAAGAAGUUCCAUGAAAAACGAUCACAUCGCCUUACCUGAUUUUCCAUCUGGUGCAAUGGAAAAUUGGGGAAUGGUUAACUACAGAGAAGCUCUGAUUCUCUACGAUCCACAAAAUUCCAAUCAUUUCUACAGGCAACGUGUAGCCAAUAUAGUAUCCCACGAGGUUGCACAUAUGUGGUUUGGUAAUCUUGUAACCUGCGCUUGGUGGGACAAUUUAUGGUUGAACGAAGGAUUUGCCAGAUUUUACCAAUACUAUCUAACACAAUCGGUGGCUCCUGAACUUGGAUAUGAUAUUAGAUUCAUUGUAGAGCAGCUUCAAACUUCUAUGUUGUCUGACUCCGUUGAUACAGCUCACGCCCUCACUAAUCCGGCUGUCAAUAGUCCUUCUUCUGUUAGUGCCCACUUCUCCACUAUUACCUACGCAAGAGGUGCUUCAGUUUUGAGAAUGACUCAACAUUUACUUGGUGAACAAACUUUCGUGAAAGGACUUCGCAAGUAUCUUACCAAUAGACAAUUUGGAGUGGCGGAGCCUAAUCACUUGUUUGAAGCUUUGGAUGAAGCAGCAAUAGAAGACAGUGCGCUUUCUCAAUACGGCAACAUUACAAUAGAUUCAUACUUUAGGAGCUGGUCUGAAAAGGCCGGUCACCCUUUGUUGACCGUCAAUAUUAGUCAAGAAACAGGUGAAAUGACUGUAACUCAGGCACGCUGGGAACGCGAUACGGGAGUGUCAAGUUUUCCCAGCCUCUGGGAGAUUCCGAUCACAUGGACCCGAGCAGGAGCUUCUGACUUUAAUAAUUUAAAACCAUCACAAUUUUUAACGGAAGAAGUGACUACAAUUCAAAGAGGCACACAAGGACGCGAAUGGGUUAUUUUCAAUAAACAGCAAUCUGGUUAUUACAAAGUCAACUAUGAUGAUAAUAACUGGGUUCUCCUUACCAGAGCUUUGCGAAAUAAUACCGAAAGAGUAUCAAUACAUGAAUUGAAUCGAGCGCAGAUUGUUGAUGAUGUAUUCGUUUUUGCUAGAGCUGGUGUUAUGACUUAUGACAAGGCAUUUAACAUCUUAUCGUUCUUGGAAAUGGAAGAUGCUUAUGGCCCGUGGAUUGCUGCUAUUACAGGAUUUAACUUUGCAGCUAGUCGAUUGGCAUACGAUAAUUCUAAUCUACUAAGGUUACAGAGUCAAAUAAGGAAUGUUAGUACUGCUAUUACUCAGCGACUUGGUUAUGCUGAUUCUGCAAGCGAUACAUUUAUGGAUGGCUUACUUCGAAUGUACGUUAUGUCAUUCCUAUGUGAUAACGGACACACAGAAUGCAUGACAGCUGCUAAGCAAAACUUUGACAGUUGGAGAAAUGGAGGCUUUAUACCAGCAAAUAUGCGCCCGUGGGUCUAUUGCAGCGGUCUAAGACAAGGGACAGCUGAAGAUUUUGAUUACUUCUGGAAUCGCUUCCUCGCUGAAGACCUAGCCAGCGAAAUUGUUGUUAUGAUACAGGCCGCUGGAUGUACAUCAAAUCAGGCCAGCCUAGAAAACUUCAUGAACGCCAUUGUAGCACCAAAUAACAGCAUCAUCAGGGCACAAGAUCUUAGCACAGCUUGGAGUUCAGCAAUUUCUGGCAAUGAAGAAAAUGUAAUGAGAAUGUUUACCUGGUUGAGAUCAAACAUUAAUCAGGUCAUAAAUAAUCUUGGUAGUGCUGCUACGCCAAUAAGCAGUAUUGCAACUCGAUUAAGAACUGAUGCACAGAUUGCUGAGUUCCAAACAUGGUUGGAUCAAAAUCAAGCAUUACUGGGUGGAGCCUAUAAUACUGGCAUACAGGGGCUUGCAACGACUAGACAGAAUCGAGCGUGGGCUCAAAGUCGCGUGGAAGAAUUCGUUAGGUACUUUGACACUGGUUAUGUAGACGUACCAGAUAAAAAAACGUUUGAAAAUGUGGCGUUCGAUCACUUAGCAAAUACGAGAGAAAAAAUGAUUAUCAAUGGCGCAGCGACCGUCACUGCAGCAGGUCAUAAAUUGAAGGUCGCGUUUAUAGUCCUCUUGUUGGGUUUCGCUCACGCGGAACCAGAUGAAGACAUGUUAGAUUUCGAAAUGAUUGGAUAUAGCACCAAUGUUGAUGACCCACAAUAUAGGCUAUUGGACAACGUACAACCUACAUAUAUGUACCUUGAUCUUGAUGUCUAUUUGCCUGAAUCUAGAUUUAAUGGUUUAGUACAAGUUGACGUUGAGGUACGUGAAACACUCCAGCAAAUCGUAAUGCACCAAAAUGUAGUUUCUAUUACUACAGUGAGUGUCGUGGAUGCAAACAACCAACCAGUCAACCUUCAAUUUCCGAAUUCAUUCGAAACUGAUAGUUAUUACCAACUGCUAAAAAUUAACUUCGCAUCCAACAUUACAUCUGGUCAAUAUACAAUUACAAUUAAUUAUGUUGGUCAAAUCAAUGAAAAUCCCUAUGACCGUGGUUUUUAUAAAGGAUAUUACUUUGUUGGUAAUGAAAUUCGGGAGUAUGCAACAACACAAUUUCAAGCAUAUCAUGCAAGGAAGGCUUUCCCAUGCUUUGACGAGCCACAGUUCAAAUGUCCAUUUGUUAUUUCUAUUACUCGCGAUGCAAACCUUUCACCUUCAUUUUCUAAUAUGGCUAUUAAUUCCACCCAAGUGGUGUCUCCAGGCCGUAUUCGUGAAACAUUCUUACCAACUCCCAUUAUUUCUUCUUAUUUAGUUGCUUUCCAUGUCAGCGAUUUUGUUACAACUGAAAUUUCUUCAACACCUGAAAAGCCUUUUCGAAUCAUUUCUCGCCAAGGUCCAACUGAUCAACAUGAUUACGCUACUAGAAUGGGUGUAAGAAUUACAGAAGAAUUAGACAGAUAUUUCAAUAUUAACUACUAUGAUAUGGGUCAAGGAAUACCAAUGAAAAAUGAUCACAUAGCGUUGCCUGAUUUCCCAUCUGGUGCUAUGGAAAACUGGGGAAUGGUUAACUAUAGAGAAGCAUACUUGCUGUAUGAUGAAGAUCAUACAAAUGCUUUAGACCAAAUUUUUAUUACCACCAUUAUUGCACAUGAACUUGCACACAAAUGGUUUGGUAAUUUGGUAACUUGCUUCUGGUGGAGUAACCUUUGGCUCAACGAGUCCUUUGCCAGCUUUCUUGAAUAUUUUGCCGCAGACUGGGCCAAUCCAUCUCUAGAGUUGGAAGACCGUUUUAUUCUUAAUCGAGUGCAAAGUGCACUAAGUGCUGAUGCUAGUCCAAGUGUGCAACCUAUGAAUUGGACAGUAGUUGCAAGCAAUCCUUCCAUCGAUUCCCAUUUUGGUACAUCAAGUUACGCUAAAGGAGCAUCAGUUUUAAGAACAAUGCAACAUUUCGUUGGUUAUGAAACCUUCAGGACCGCUUUAAGAUAUUAUUUAAAUGCCAAUGCUUAUGGUAUAGGCUAUCCAGAAGAUAUGUACAAUGCAUUCAGGAGAGCGUGUGCAGAAGAUCCCAUCUACCAAACUACUUACCCUGGUGUUGAUGUUGGCGAUGUAUUCAACAGCUGGGUACAGAACCCAGGUGCCCCUGUUUUAAAUGUCCAUGUUAACAUGGCAACGGGUAGCAUAUCUGUAACUCAGGAACGCUUUCAACUUUCUGGUACUAUUCCUGAUACGAUUUGGCAUAUUCCUAUCACUUGGACUCACGGAGGCAGCCCUAAUUUUAACAAUCUAAGACCUAGUUUCGUACUUUCAAAUAAGACAGUGAAUAUUCAAAAACCGCCUGGCCACCACUGGGUUAUUUUUAAUAUUCAACAUUCUGGUUACUAUCGAGUUAACUACGACGAUCACAAUUGGGAAAUGAUUGCGUCUCAAUUACGUAGAAACAAAGAUGCGAUUCACAAAUUAAACCGUGCUCAGAUAACAUAUGAUGUCAUGUUUUUCUUGCGAGCCAAUAAAAUAAGCAUAGAACGUGCAUUUGACGUGCUAUCUUUCCUUAAGGAUGAAAGCGAUUACUAUGUAUGGAAUGGUGUUUUAUCACAGUUAGACUGGCUCCGACGAAGACUGGAACAUUUACCAAGAGCUCAUCAAGAAUUUGACGCCUAUCUUCUGGAGCAAUUAGAAGGCGCUGUUCAACAAUUAGGUUUUGAACAGAGAACGAAUGAUUCAUUUUCCGUUAUUCAGAGUAGAAUGCAAAUUAUGAAUUACGCUUGCCAACUCGGUCACGAAGAGUGUAUAAGUGAUAGUCUUGAGAAAUGGAGGCAAUUUAGAAACAAUGCUUCAUACCUAGUCCCAAAGAAUGCGCGCCGCUACGUUUACUGUACCGGUCUUCGCUAUGGAAAUGCUUCAGACUAUGAAUUCUUAUUCCAAAAAUAUACCACUUCAGAAAAUGCCGCUGAUAUGGUUGUAAUGUUACGUGCUCUGGCUUGUACUAGACAUAGAGAAUCUCUUAUACACUAUUUAACUGCUUCGAUGCGCAACAGCCUAAUAAGAAAUCACGACAAAUCGAAUGCAUUCGCUUAUGCUCUGCAGGGUAAUAGAGAGAAUCUUCCAAUUAUUCUCGAUUUCUUAUACCAAAACUAUGCAGAAAUAAGGCAAACAUAUGGCGGUCAAGCAAGACUUAACGUUUGUGUAAACGCUCUUGCCACUUAUUUGACUAAUUUCGAGCAGAUAGUCGAAUUCCAAGCAUGGUUACAUAGAGAACAGCUAUCCCUGGGUACUGCCUUCAAUUCUGGUCUUAGCGUUAUCAACUCUGCUAUAAGUAACAUCGAAUGGGCCAACAACGUGGCAACAGAAAUAUUUACAACUAUUAGAAGUAGAAACGCCUCAGCUACAAUUUCUGCAUCCAUAAGCUUAUUGUUGGUAGCACUAGUUGCUCAUAUGUUCCACUAAUUGCAAAAAUUAAUUAUUACACUUUAUACAUUUUUACUUAUGUCA